AUGUCUCUUCGCAAGUCGCCCCGACAUGUCAAGGCCGUCUCGACCGGCAUUGUCGCAGCCACGACGACGACGGCAACGAGACGAGUCAGCGGGAGGACGACCACAGCAGCAGCUUCUGCAGUGACAGCAGUAAAGGAAGAAGAGGCCGAGGAUGUCGUGGUGAAAGUAAAGGGCCGGGGACGUCCCAAAGGAGCGACGAAGCGCAAGGUUGAGAGCGACGACGAGCUGGACAAGAGCGAAGACGAACACAAGCCAGCCAAGGGAGCGGCCAAGGCGGUAGCAAAGCCCAAGGAAGCGGUGGUGGAGAAGCCGACAAAAAAGGCCAAGACGACGGCCAAAGCAGUCAAGGCCGGGGAAGCACCCUUGGCUGCUCGGACCGACGUGAGCACGUUGAAGAAGGCCAUGUACAUUGGGGCCCACGUGAGCAGCGCAGGAGGUGUCCAAAAUGCGGUCGGCAACGCGCAGUACAUUGGCGGCAACGCGUUUGCGCUCUUCCUCAAGUCGCAGCGGACAUGGACGAACGCAGCCCUGACGGACGAGGCGCGCGACGGUUUCCGGGCGCAGUGUGCCUCGCUGGGCUUUGACGCGGCCCGCCACUGCCUCCCACACGGCUCGUACCUGGUCAACCUGGCGCAGGCAGACGCGGCCAAGGCGGAGCAGGCGUACGGCAACUUUGUGGACGACCUGCGACGCUGUGCCGCUCUGGGCAUCCGGCUGUACAACUUCCAUCCGGGUGCGGCCGUGGCCGGGACGGGCACGCGCGAGGAGGCACUCGCGCGCAUUGCGGCAGCGCUGAACCGAGCCCAUCGCGACACGGCGCCGUCGGACGUGGUGACGGUGAUUGAGAACAUGGCGGGCGGCGGGACGACGGUCGGCAACCGGUUUGAGGAUCUGCGCGCCAUCAUUGACGGGGUCGACGACAAGCAGCGCGUCGGCGUCUGUCUCGAUACCUGCCACGCCUUUGCGGCCGGCUACGACCUCCGCACGGCCGCGUCGUUUGCCGCCGUCGUGGCCGAGUUUGACGCCGUCGUCGGCCUCUCCUAUCUGCGCGCCGUCCACUGCAACGACAGCAAGGCCCCCCUCGACAGCCGCCGCGACCUGCACGCCAACAUCGGCACCGGCUUUCUCGGCCUGCGCGCCUUCCAUUGCCUCGUCAACCAUGACGCCUUUUCUGGCCUGCCCAUCGUGCUUGAGACGCCCAUCGACCGGCCCGACGGCAAGGCCGGCGGCAAGACCGUCGAAGACCGCCGCGUCUGGGCUGACGAGAUCAAGCUGCUCGAGAGCCUCGUCGGCAUGGACCCUGACACCGACGCCUUUGCUGCCCUCGAGGCUGACAUGCAGGCUCAGGGUGCUGCCGAGCGUGGCCGUCUGCAGGAGCAGGUCAACAAGCGGAAGAAGAAGUAG